ACAUAGCUUAGUGUUCAUAUUGCGCAACUGUAUCUGUGUUGGGAGCUUGCCAAUACUAUAAAUAGACCCAACGUUAUCAGCCGAUUGAUUGUUGGCAAAGUCGCCCUCCGCUGACGUUUAUCAGUCACAACAGGGAAACAAAAGUCUUGCACAGCGCUCGGUGAAUAGAGGUAGGGAUUUAUGUGAAAUUGGCUGUGGGACUCAGUAUGGGGCAGUCAGGGUGUGACGGUGUACACAUAAAUAUACCGCGCGGUGCAUGGGAGAUAACUUAGUGUCAUGGCAGUGUUCCUGGUGAGGGCUUCUAAUGUAAAUCUUUAGACUCGAGAAAACAUUCAACAUGGAGGACUUCCCACCACUGAGGCCUGCAUCCAAGGCAGGAAAGAAGACCAGAGAAAAAGAGAAAGGCGAGAAAGAACAACGUACACAUUCACUUGGUAAACUUAGUUUGAAAGAGCUGGCAAACUGUUUGGAACAGAGAGACAGCGAUGAAAAGCUUUCCGAUGAUGAAUGUGAAGACACUACCACACAGAGCCAAAGCUCUAUCAAUUUGCCAUCCUUAUCAACAUACCCAGAUGAUAAUGAUGGAACUGGAAUCAAGGAUACAACUUCAAAAAGACUGAUGAAAGGAAAACCGAAAAAGAGAAAGUUUGUUCCUAUAAACAUUUACUCUGAAUCCUCUAAUUCAGAAACAAAUCAUGGAUUGGAUAGACAUGCUACCCAUGGAGAAACAACUGUCAGAGAUUCUUUGGAGUCUUCAACAAAUGUGGAGCCAGAUUAUGAGGUUCCAGCUGACUCUACAAUCCCCAAAACACAACACCAUACAGACUUCAAGAAUCGGAAGAAAGGCUGGGAACACACAUUUGAAGAGCAAAUUUAUAUAUCAAAGCAGUGUGAUAAUCAUACCCACACAGUCAACAUGAUUGGAAAAUCUCCUAUCAGUGAUGGUAUCAAAGACAAUGUGACGAAGAGCCCGGCAUAUAACUGUGGCCUUCUUCAAGGAGCGCCUUAUGUAGGUGAAAGGUAUAAUACCCAUACAUUCCAAAGGUAUCCCAUACCAACUGUCGGGGUAACAGGUGUUAAUGACACAGAAGAGCAGGAAAUAUUUGAAGAUAAAAGAGAAAACAAACAUUCAAAGAAAGGGAAGAAACGUAGGACACACAUGGUGCCAGCUCCUGUUGAAAUGUUGGGAUUUAAAACCAAGAAUCCGAGCCGUAACACGAAAACUGGCAACGGUACUGUAAUUGCUAACGGUUUAGAUUUGAAGCCUUCAAACUCGAAACGCCAAGCACAACGAAAGACCCAAAUGCGAGCUAUUCCUAUUAUACAUCAAGAUGACACAGAUAGUUCAGACGAAUUGGUGGAUAGAGACUAUAGAUGGAUUCAUGAAAAUCUCACUGACAGAACAAUUUCUUUGUCCCUAUUGAGAUCUUUACAAUGUCAGGCAUCGUCUGUAAUAGCACUCACUCUUGCUAGGAAUGUUGACCUGGAGCACCUCUUGAAUAAUGAAGACUUUGACAUAGAACACAUUCUUCUACUUCUGUCUCUGAUUUCCAAAGGAUGUGAGUGUCAAGUUGUACCAAAGACUGGAUUGCAAAUCCUAACAAAGAUGACAGGGUUUCUUUCAAAACAUUUACACUCCCUAACAAAACGACUUGCAGAAAAAGUACAUACAAUUGAGUCAUUGACAAUUCAAAAUUUUUUCAGAGACAUGGUAACAAUUUUGAAAGAGAUGGUACGGAGAGUGAAGGACACUGGUACUGAUCCAACAGCAAUACCCAGGCUGAUACUGACAGUUACAGCUAAACAGUUUAAAACAUUUCUUGAAGAGUCACAUCAUCAGAUCCUUCUUGAUUUAGCAUCAUUGAAAGAAGCAAGAGUCAAAGCAUGUGAAGAUACUUUCUUGCAUAAGGAUGACAAUUUCCGUCACAUCAAACUCAUGCCCACAAAUGAUGACAUAAACCCAUCCAUGAAACCAAGUCUAACGAAAAACAAGGCAGUCGGCAGAUACACAGACGUCGAUGAAUAUUUAGAUGUUCAGUAUAGACUACUCAGGGAAGAUUUCAUUCAGCCUUUACGAGAAGGUGUUUCAGAGUACCAAGACCUGUUGGCUAUGAAGGACAGAAAAACAAUUCGUCUGUAUCAGAAUGUACUAGUAAGGCGAUUCUUCUGCUCAGAAGAUGGAAUUGUAUACAGAUUACAAUUUGAUGUAAGCAAACUUUCACAAGUGGAUUGGGGUAAUACAAAGAGACUCAUGUAUGGGUCUAUGGUAUGCAUCUCCUCUGAUAACUUCAAGACAGUGAGGUUUGCAAUAAUAAGUGACAGAAAGCCAGAGAAACUCCAACAAGGAAGGAUUGACAUAAAGUUUGAUAAUAAAGUCAAACUUGAUCCAGGAACACAAUUUGCAAUGGUAGAAACUCCAGCACUGUUUGUUGCAUAUCGACAUGUGCUAAUCGGAAUUCAGCAGAUAGAGAGCAACAAGCUACCAAUGUCUGAAUACUUUGUAGAAUGUCGUGCAACAUUGGCAACUCCAGAAUAUUUGAGACAUGAUGACGCUAUCAGCUAUGAUAUGAGUGGUCUUGCAAUGACGUCAAAAGAUAGUGGGACCUCAAUCAAUUCUGUAAGUGUAUGUCAAGAAGUGGAAUGGCCCAUUGCUAGUGAUCUUGAUAUGGACGAAUCCCAGUUCCAUGCAUUCCACACAGCUCUUACGAAGGAACUUGCCAUCAUUCAAGGGCCUCCUGGAACAGGCAAGACCUAUGUUGGACUGAAGAUUGUCAAAGCUUUGAUGCAAAACAGACAUGCAUGGAACCCUGAUAAUUCGAGGCCACUUCUGGUUGUUUGCUACACAAAUCAUGCUCUCGAUCAGUUCUUGGAAGGAAUUUUGACAUUCUUUAAAGGGAAGGUUCUUCGUGUGGGUGGGCGUUCAAAAAGUGACAUAUUGAUUAACCAUAACCUCAAUCGCAAACGAUCUGAGCUGUUCAGGCACAAAACCUUCCUGGAUGAAGACAUCAGCAACAUUUUGGAAAUACGACAGGAAUUGAGGGAGGACUUCACAGUAUGCCAAAAAGAGCUAGAAGAAUAUGGACAACAAAUUGAUGCAACUACAGAAGGUGUCCUUCAUGAAGAUUAUUUGAAACCCUUUAUGAAGCAACAAUAUAGGAAGAUUACAAAUACAUUCGGUAAGAAGGACUGUUUUUCUGCCCUCCUGGAAUGGCUUGAUAUCCAAGGUAUAGGCAAGGAGAAGCUCUCAAUGCAUCCAACAGUUUCAGCAGAACCGAAGGGAAGCAUUCAAAAUGAUGACAUUGAACAGGUAGAUGAAAAUGAAGAAGUGGAUGAAACAGAAAAGGAAAGGAAGCUUGAUGACAUUGAUGAAUACCUGCAAUUACAAACACGAAAUUUAUCCAUGUAUAGGAAUCGGUGUCUUGCUGUUAGUCUUCUUGACUGUGAUUUGACAGAUGAGCAGUGGAAAACUAAACAUAAGACUUCUAUGAAAAGGGAUAGCAGACAGACACUGAAAACUCGUUUGAGAAGGGAACUUUUGUCCCGCACCAAAAUGGAAGAGCAUGAAGCAUCUAGUGUAGAUGCAAAUGCUCUGUCAAUAGCUGACCGAUGGAGAUUGUACAGGUACUGGGUUGAACUAUUUUGUCAGAGGAUGCAUCACCUGAUGGAACCCCUUAAGUCAGUAUGUCAGAAUGCUGCUGAUAGGUACAAAGAAGCAAAUGCACUGGUCGACAAAUACGUCUUUGAACAUUCCUCUGUGAUUGGCUUAACUACAACGGGAGCAGCAAGAUACCAGACCCUUCUGACAGAUAUACAACCUCCUAUUGUAAUUGUUGAAGAGGCAGCUGAAGUAUUGGAAGGACAUAUCAUUACAUCACUUAGCCCAGGGUGUCAGCACCUCAUCCUGAUUGGCGACCACAAACAACUUAGACCAAAUCCAAACGUGUAUGAACUGGCCAGGAGAUAUAACCUGGAUCUAUCUUUAUUUGAACGGAUGAUUAACAAUGGUUUACAUUGCGAUUGUCUUGAGCUACAGCAUAGAAUGAGGCCCUCCAUCUCCAAGGUGUUGAGGCACAUCUAUGACAAGUUGAAAGAUCAUGAAUCCGUGUUUUCUUAUGGGGAUGUUCGUGGAAUUUCAGAGAACAUUUACUUCAUUAACCACUCUGUUCAGGAGUCAGAAAACAAGGAACUCUUGAGUCAUCUGAACGACUUUGAAGCAAAGUACAUCACGAAACUGUGCCAAUAUCUACUAAAACAGGGUUACAGUCACAGUCAAAUUACAGUGUUGUCAACAUAUUCAGCUCAGGUGUCACAUUUGCGGUCAAUGAUGACACAAGAGAGACAAGAAGGUCUGCUGAUAACAGCUGUUGACAAUUACCAGGGAGAAGAAAAUGACAUCGUUCUCCUGUCCUUAGUACGCAGCAACCAAGAAGAAAAGAUUGGGUUUUUGAAGACUGACAACAGAAUAUGCGUCGCCCUAUCCAGGGCAAAAAUAGGACUAUACGUUAUUGGCAAUUUUGAUUUACUGGCACGGCACAGUGAAACUUGGAAAAACAUCAUUCAGGACCUGAACGAUUCAAAUCAAAUUGGACCAGGUUUGGAACUCUACUGCCAGACGCAUCCUAGAACAGACCGCAUUGUUGUCACAGAUCUUAAAAUGUUCCAACAAGUCCCUGAGGGUGGUUGCAUGAAGCAAUGUCACUUUAUAUUGAACUGUGGACACACGUGUACAUUGAAAUGUCAUGCAUAUGACCCAAUGCAUGUGCUGUUUUCUUGUAAGAAGGAAUGCCAGAGGACGAUUUGCAACCUUGGUCAUCCAUGUCCUGCCAUUUGCUCGGAUAAAUGUCCGCCAUGUGAGUUUCCGGUUAGCAGAACUAUUCCCAAAUGUCAACAUACACAGGAGAUACCUUGCAGCGUGGAUCCAGGGAUGCACGUGUGUCUCAGCGAGUGUGAGGAAAUUUUGGAAUGUGGGCAUAAAUGUGGAAAUCUGUGUGGGUAUGACCACAUCUGCUAUGAGACAGUUCCCAAAACCUGGCCAUGUGGUCACACAGGGGAGGUACUGUGUACAGAAAAGGAUCAAGGUCGGUGUCUGGUCCGAUGUGAUGCAAAACUCCUGUGCGGACAUACAUGUGAGGGAUUCUGUUAUGAAUGCAAUGAAGGACGGCUUCAUGUGCCAUGCAAGAAGAAGUGUACAAAGAUUCUUAUUUGCGGACACCCAUGCAAAGCUUCUUGUUCUAGAUGUCCGCCUUGUACUUUAGAUUGUGAGACGGCUUGCCCUCACAGCAAAUGUCAGAAUCCCUGUGGACAGAAAUGUCAACAAUGUGACAAACCAUGCCUGUGGGCGUGUGCACAUUUCAAAUGCAAACAACUGUGUGGAGACGUUUGCGAUAGAAAUCGCUGUGAUAAACGUUGUCGCAAAAAGCUGGAAUGUAAACACACCUGUAUUGGACUAUGUGGAGAAACCUGUCCAGGCUACUGUAGAAUAUGUCACAAAGAUGAUGUGUCAGCCUUCCUUCCAGAGUCAGAAGACAUUUCAACAGCCAGGUUUAUUUUCUUAGAAAAAUGUGGACAUAUAGUUGAAGUACAUGCUCUUGACAGAAUAAUGGAAAAUGUUCAAGCCAGCAAGCAGAUACAGCUUCCAUGCUGCCCAUGGUGUAGCACACCAAUCAGACGUAAUACCAGAUAUGGAGCUAUACUAAAUCAGAUACACAAACAAAUGGAAAUGGAAAAGGCUGCCCUGGCUGAGAUGACAACAGAACGGCUCACAACCCUACAGAAUGUGAUACAUACUGACAUAGACAGCUUUGACUGUGAAGGUGAUGUGUCAGAAUUGAUAGCAAAUGCAGGUGAAGAUGAAUCUCGCCUGGUGGCAGUUAAAAACCAAAAGACAUUCCUGAUUGGAAUGGAGAAGUUGAAAUCAAGGAUAACUGAACCACAGGAGGAGGAUCAUGAUGGAAUUUGGCAUGACAUCAACAAAUUUGAGCAAUGGCUGAAAAUCCAACGAGAUGUCUUUACUGAGCAAGAAGUCUCAGACGCUCACCACGAAUUCCAAAGAAAUACCAUUGCUGUGUUUCUGCAUGAAUUAUUAUCAAGGGAAUCUAAAGACAAUUUGUUACCCUCAACCUUGGCACUUCUGCAGAAAGUUAGGGCAGUUAUCAAGACAAAGGAAAAAAUAACUGAAGACGAAUAUAAGCUCGUUACAGAGCUAAAGCAUGACGUUUCCCACGUCAUUGCUGACAUUGAGUUUUAUGAUAAACUCUCAAAGGACAAAAUGCCCGCCUGGAGACACUUGAAAGCAGCACAAGGACAUUGGUUCAGAUGCCCAGUCUCUGAUGACCACAUCUACUAUGCUGAGGAUGACUUGAUGCAAGAUGAGUGCUAUAUGUGUAUUCGGGACCAGGCUUCACUGGAAGGUGACAUAUGUCAAGACUCAAAGGAUACAGACAAAGAUUGCUGAACUCAUCCAAAAUGCACAGCCUGGACUGUUGAUUGUACUGCGUUAUCAUUGAUAUGUAUUUACAUAUGGUUUCACAUGAACCUUAGAAGGUGCUCUCCCACAUGUAUUUGAGAAACCGAUAGAGCAGGACAUGCUUCCCAUUUUGUGAUCACCUACUGUAAUCACUUAUUGUCAGUAGUCCAUUCACAUAACUUUCGCAGCAAUGUUGCCAUUAAUACGAAAUUGUAAUCUGUUUCGGCAGAUAAUCUAGACUGGUUUUUCUCUUGCACUGACAAUUUAUAUUGUAUCCAUAUGAAAUUAUUGUUAUUGUAAUAUAUGUGUGAAGUGUAUAACACAAUAUUGUACCCAACUGAUAAUGGUUACCAUAAUGGAAACAAUAUUACAUGGUGCUUACUGUUUUCUGUAUAUAUUUGCUAUAUUUAUUUUAUAGUUGAUAUCUAAUAUUGCUACAUGUGAGAUGAAUUCUAUGGCAAGGGGUUAUGUGUAUGUGUAUGUCGAAAGAACUUACUACAUGAUGUGAAGGUGUUCUUAUGAUUUUCAUCCUUCGUGUUCACAACCCAUUCACAUAUCAGAAGUUCUAUAUUUACACCAUUAUGAUGACGUCACAGUAGUGUUAUUGCAGUUGAUUCUGAGCCAGGAAUUCACUUGCCAUUCAGAACGUGUGUUUUAAACAAGUAAAACUGACGCAACUAUACGUCAUUAUGUACAAUCAUGGAAAUCUUUUGUUCCAAACAAUACAUGGUUUAAGUCCGCGAGAAUCUGAAGUCAACCAGAAUUUGUUGAUUCAAGAAGUAGAAUGAACUCGCCUCGUCAGGGUUCGCUUGUUCUACCCACGAAAUCAAUAGGUUCUCGUGAUUUAUUGGUUUAGUCGGGGUGACAGCUUGGAACUGUGUGAAUAAAACUAAUGUAUAGUUAGACCACGCAACCAAGUCCAGUGACUGAGACACCGUGACCGAGCAAAAGGUUUUUCUUUACUUACGGCUGUGUGAUGGUAGAUUGCAUACCCUUAUAGAAGAAGCAUGAAAUACUGACAUGUCCGGUUGUGUGCAAAACAUUAGCUCCUGUGAACAAUGCCUUUUUGCAAGCACUAACAAAGUUAUUACUGUUGUCGUUUUUGCCAUCUGCAGUUUAUGAUAGAAUACGUAACUGUAUUUGUAAUGAGCUGUGUUAUUACUUAAACAAUAAUUAGUAAGGGAGUUCUUACUUUACUUAGAGAUCAUUGAGAGCAGGGGUCACCAUUAGGUGUACUGAGAAUACAGCACCAAUCAUCUGAUGAUCUGAGUAGAAGACUGGAGUCUGGAAUGCAACCACACUGGCGUGAUCAGUUAACAACAAGUCCAGCGUAACUCCAAGACAGUAUGUUGGAGAGUGAAUGAGUUGAGUCAUAAUCCGCACAUGAAAGAAAUCUUCAAGUUUCAGUUUUUCACUCAGAUCACAGUUGAAAUCUCCAGUAACUAGGACAUAUUCACAUUAAUGCUGCUUGGGCGCCCCUGUUCAUGUUACCGGUACCCACUGGGAGGAAGUAGGCUGGUUCGGGCGCCCCUGUUCAUGUUACCGGUACCCACUGGGAGGAAGUAGGCUGGUUCGGGUGCCACCUUUUUAUGUUACCACCAUGCACUGCGGUGAAGUAGGCUGGUUCGGGUGCCACUUGUUAAUUGUGUUUUCACAAUAAUUCACCAUAUACCUUGUCCAAGUUCCUUUGUCAAGUUGUACACAUCUCAAUUAGGUUAUUAUGGUAACGGUUCUCAGACAACCCUGCGUAGAUGUUUUUGGUAGAAUGUGUAAACGGUUUCCGAGUUAUGCACUUGCUAAGGUAACAUUCGUAAAAACUCCCAAACUAUCAAAAGUCACCAGUUGGGGCAAAAUCUAAUACUUUUUUUUAAUCACAAACUGUCAAAAGGCACCAGUUUUCCACUAGACCUAUGGGCCAAGUUUGGUGAAGAAAUAUUAUAUGGUUUUCAAGAUCUGCUCCGGAAACGAGCACUGCCGCCAUUUUCGUUACAAGUCGUUACAAGGGAAAUUGGAAAAAUAUAUUUUUAAAAUAAACCAAACUGUCAAAAAGCACCAGUUUACCACUAAACCUAUCUAGGUGCCAAGGUUUUGGUUAAGAUAUCUCUCAUGUUUUUUCAGUUCUGCUCCGGAAACAAAACGUGACAGGCGGACGGACGGAAGGACAGAAGGACGGACGGACGGUACCCAUUCAUAUAUCCCCCUUCCACUUCGUGGCGGGGGAUCAUAAUGGUCAUAUAUGAACGCACCUGGGAUCUUUGUGAACUAUAUGUGUAUAACAAUAAACUGACAAAAUCUAAACAAAAAAAGCGUUGAGUUCGAAAGAAACUGAAGCAGAUAUGUAGAGGCUAAUUGUAGUUUCCUAUCUAGUGACCUGAUUAUGUUGAUAUUUUAAUGAGAGGCGCAAACUGCUCAUAGUUAUCUUCAUGGUAUUGUACACUGAAAACCAAGGGAAACUGAUUAAAGGAAGUUCCUUCAUCGAGUGAAUAUCAAUUGUGUGUUUCGAGAUAAAGAAAAGAAUAUUUUUAUAUACUAUGUGAAUUGAUUUACUUGCCAUAUAUGUCCGAGAUAAAAAUUUGAUCAGCAUGACUUUGGGGAAUUUGGAAAUAUAUAUUUCAAUGGACAUAAAUAUUUCUGUAUGUUAUUAGAUUGAUUUAUCUGCUUACAAACAUUUUGACAGUCUUAUUCUGCUUGCUUAUUUAAAUCUUUGUAGUGGCAGUACGUCCUGUAAUUAUAUUCAUAUGUAUAUUGUAUACAUAGACUAAAUGCCCAUGGUUUCAUGGUUUAGGUGCAUAUGUUAUCAAAUCAUCAUUAUUACUUUUUUUCUUUUUUCUAUAGCUUGAUUUCUUUCAAAUAAAUGUAUUGAUAUUAA